GACAGAUCUAAAUACUUGCAAGCUUAAGUGCCUUUGCUGCUCUGAUCCAAAAUCAAACAAAAUAGAGGAGGAGGGUUUUUUCCACAAGGAGGCUUCGUUGUAUCUUUACAGAGAAGAAAAGAUGUUUGAUGCUCUUGGACUCACGUGCAUGAUUUGUUGGUGUAUGAUGCUAUUUUGUCCUUUGCACGCUAACCUCCAGUGUAUGGGGUCGGGGACACAAGAAUUUCCUAUCUCAAACUUGACAUUGAAUCGGAGAAGAAUGGAGCUGUCCUGGCAAAGCAGCAAGAACUUCUCCAGUUACGAGUGUACCAUGGCUACAAACUUCGGACACAGACAAAUUAAGGUGAAGAACAAAAUGUGCAGGUUUGAAGUAGAAGAUAGUGUGCCUCUGUACAGAGGAGCAGUCUUUACCAUUACAGUACUGAAGAUAAGCAUAUCAAAAAUUUGCCGAUUUAUCCCUGAAGGCAUUAAUGGGUCAGCCAUUGAGAACUUCUCCUGUGUGAUUUAUGACAUUUCCCUCAUGAACUGCACUUGGCAGGCAGGCAGGAAUGCUCCAGGAGAUACCCAAUAUUUUCUCUACUGGCAGAACUCGAGAGAUGAUGACCAGGUAGAAUGUGAACUUUACACUAAAGAUGAAAAUGACAGAAACACGGGAUGUAAAUUCCAAAAUGUGACUAUUAAAGAUAAAACUACUUAUUUCCUGGUGAAUGGAUCCCACAAAGCCUUCCUGAUCCAGUUCUAUGAUAAUUAUACGAAACUAUACACAAUUGAAAGACUCCCUCCUCCACUGAAUGUCACUGCCAACUGUACUAGCAAUCCAGGAGGUUGCAUAAUUACAUGGCAACAUCCCCUUCUAAGUCAUGUGGAAAAUGCAGACUGUUUUGAGUAUGAAAUUAACAUACAAAAUAAGGACAAGACCCCAAAAGAGAAAAAGGAUCCUCCUGUAAUCGUAGCUGAAAACAAAUAUGAAUUCCAAAGUUACAACGCAAGAAAAAAAAACAUUCUGAAAAUCAGAGCACGUGGAAAAAGAAGAUGUUCUGUAAACAGAAAAUGGGGGGAAUGGAGUGACUCUAUAGAGAUCGGUGGAGAGAAAGAUUACUUUAUUUUUGUGAUUUUACUUCUGAUAGCAGUCGGAACAAUCCUAGUGACGCUGCUCCAUUACUGCCUUUGCAAGAGGUAUUGCAGUUCGAAAAGAAUAUUGCCUCCCAUCCCACAACCAAGAGACAAAUUGGAUAUACCAGCUGAGGAAGAUAUCCAGACAGAGAAUGUGCUUCUAUCUCAAAAAAGUUGCACCGAGGAAGUAACUAUGAUUGAAGAGAUGACCUGAUCUUCCAGAAAGCAACAGAUUUGGAUUCAAUACAAAAAUCACACAUCCUCCUAAUAAUUUCCAAUUAUUUAUGGUGUUCUUCACAGUAUGGACUAGAUAUGAGCAUCACCUAUGAAACCUUUUCCAGCCCCCAUUAAAAACAAAACCAAACCACAAAGAAAAAUGUUUCCUUUCCCUUUGUUCAGAAGCAGCACCUGGCAACCAAGCUCCUCCAAAAAUGCAUAUUGUGAAGAUUUGCUUAGAAGUUGCUGAGAUUCUCUUCACCAUCUAAGACAAGGCCUUUCAUCAACAACAUAGCAGAAAUGUGGUACAAUUUCUACUGUUCAUUGCUGGAGAAAUGUAUUUCCUGAGUUAUGAGCAAUGCUACAGGAAAUCAUCAAAACACAUUUUCCCCAACUUUACGCUUUUAUAUAUUCUAAGAUUUUUCUAGAGCAGAAAGUAUCCUAAAAUUGCCCUUCUACCUUGCAAAUCCAAUACUAAACUUUAAAAAUACUCAAUGAACUUUAUGCAAGACAAAGGAAAAUCCUUGCUAAAAAUAACUAAGAGGGGGUUGCUAGUCAGUCACGUAAUGAGCUCUCAGCAUCUCCAACAGCAAUGUGAGUCUCUGCAAUACCAAUAAGAACUUCAGUGGCAUGGCUAAAGCCUUCAAUAAAUCCAGCAUAACAAUUACAAGAUUUGGAAUCAAAUCCGUAAUAAGCUUUAGUAAGUAGGUUUUAAAUAGUUUAUCACACCAGUCCAUUUCCUUCCAAGUGUGCAGGUCCUGUUUCCAAAGCUAUUAAAAAUACAGUCUUUUUUGUUGGACAAAUUCCAAAUCUUUUCCUGCUGGAAGUAUUUGCCAAAAGAACCACAUUUCACCGAGUGCUUCAAUAAGGCAGAAAACAAAAUGCUUUUUUUAAAAGUCUCAUUUAUUGUUUGCCUCUUAUGUUCCCACACUGCAUAAUCACAUUGAAAAAUGCUGCUGGAUGACUAAGGGAAGCAACAUACUAGAAAAAUAAACAACACGCAGUACAUGCUGAAAUGCACAGCAGAGGUAAGUUGCAUUUCCAUUUAAAUAACCCACACUCGCAUUGAUUUAUUUUCUUACUUCUCCUGAUUAACACCUACUUUUGUUGGAGGGGGAGAGGGGGGUGGUGAAAAAAAAUACCCCCUUUUCAAGGGCUGCUUAAUUGUCAUGCUUGCUUCUUCCUCACAAAGUUCAGCCACCAUGCACUCACAGUAAGGUUAUAUAAUGAUAGAGCCCCUCAUAUACCUACCUUUUAAGCCACUGAUGUAGAAAAUAAACCUAUGAAAUAUAUUUAUAUAGACAGACUCUUCCUCUGUCCCUUCAAAUCAAUAGAAUUACAAAUGAAACAGCAGCUUGAUUGGAAAGGUCGGCAUCAAGUGACCUGCCCACACCACAAGAGAGCUACCAUUACUGAAUAAGAUUUAAAAAACCGCUUGCAAUAGGUACAUAAAAUUUGCCAUUAGCCUGUGUACAGAGUAGCUAUGUAAUGUACUUACAUUCAUAGAAAGAUGCUGAAAGCAGUGCUUGUGCCACGGAACAUCACAUGAGUGCAAAAUCACCAGCCAAAACCAUGUUGUAAAUUUAAAUACCUCAUCUUGAGUAGCAACCUCGGAAGGCACACAAAAAAAACCUCAGAUAGCUCAGUCAGCCUCCAGUGACUCAUUGCAAUGACAUUUUCACAAAUACAGGGCAAGUUGUAAGAACGUACUGAAAGAUGAACACCUUGUUUUCAUCUACUGGUCCCCCUCUCACAUCUUUGCAGAUAACGAAGUACAAAAGUAAGAUUAUAUACAUAUAAAGAGCACAGAUUUAGUUUCUCAUACUGCUUUUUGAGAUGUUUUUAGUCUUCAAGCAAUCCUUAAAAUUAGACAUUCAGUCAAUAUUGAAGGCUGACCUACUUUUACCUUUAUUUUACAGCUACACAGAACCAUGCAUAUUCCCUGUUCCCAUAUCGGCUUCACUUUUUAGAAUGAACUUCAGAUUGAAUUCUUUUUCUAGAGCUACGGGCCACUUCUAGAGAUAAAAGCUCGAGUGGCAUAAACAAGACUUCCAAAUAGCAGCAAAAAUACUCAUUCAAAGGUUAAAAGCAUUUAACCAGGUUCCUGGUUUUUUGCAUGAACAUCAUGUGUUGUUUCCUAUAUUGAUUUAAAAAAAUAUACUCCAUUUUAAGACUCUUGCCAAGAGCAAAAAGCAUUCAUUACUUUUUGAUUGCCCUUGGAACUUUGUGUGGUUGUAGUACUACAACAGAAAAACCCUCAUUUUACAACAUAUGAAAAGCUGCAAAUCAAUUUCUAAGAAUCAUGCAAAAAGCCACUUGCAGCAGCCCAUCAUACACUAUUAGGCACAAAGAAGGGGAGUGGUUUCUAUGAGUACAACCCACGCUUUUUUCCUCAAAGUUCUCACAUUCAAUUUUCCUAAAAUAAAAUCAAACAUCCUGUUACAGUGCAGUGUAAGUGUAUCAGAGGAACCAUUAUCUGAAACAAGUUUUCAAAGAAACAAGGCUUACCCAAAGCUUUGAUGUAAUAAUUUCAACACGGACAGAAUAAGUAGGUUUAUUGUUUUACAGCAGAAUGCCCCAAUUUAAGAACAUAAUUGCUAGAUGUUCAGCUGUGCAAAAUGGUACAUAGUGCUUCAGUACAAGUGGAAAAGAACAUGAUUUGUUAGCAAGUAUUUUCAAAUACAAUUUUAUGGUCCUAAAAGAUAGGACUUGAAACUGAGGACUGAUCCAUGGGCA